AUGAACGGGGAGACUUGCGUGUCUUAUUGCGAUAUGGCGAGCAUGGAUUCAUUUUAUAACUCAGCUCCGCAGGAGCAGCAGUCUCCCUUCCGAACAUUUGAGCCAAGUGACAAGUUUGCUCCCAACUUCCUGAACAACAAAGGCCAAAGUUAUGGUGAGAAGCCGAGGACCCCCUUCCAGCAGGAAUGCGAGCCAUUGGACAGCAGCAUUCAAAACCCCAGCGCCGGCGACAGCGUCUUUAACAAAUAUCUGUACAUACAGGGAGCAGGCAGGGCGGCGAAAUCUCCGGCUCAGAACAAGAUCGAAGAAGCUAACCACAACGGCGCCUUGAUUCCCUGUUACGCUAAAGACAGCCCACUGGGAGAGUCAGACCUGCCCCAGAGCCCUGACCCAGCAGUGAUGGAAAGCUCCUAUCUUAGCGUCAAGGAGGCAGCGAUGAAAACAGCCAACACCGAGUUGUCCAACGCCAUGGACAAGGCCGAGAGUGACAGCAACAAAGGCAAGAAGCGCAGGAACAGAACCACCUUCACUAGCUACCAGCUGGAGGAACUGGAAAAGGUUUUCCAAAAGACUCAUUACCCGGACGUGUACGCCAGGGAACAGCUUGCACUGAGGACGGAUCUGACUGAAGCCCGUGUCCAGGUUUGGUUUCAGAACAGGAGAGCUAAGUGGAGGAAACGAGAACGCUUUGGACAGAUGCAGCAAGUCCGCAGUCAUUUCUCCACUGCCUAUGAAUUACCCAUUUUAACCAGGGAGAACUAUGCACAGAUACAAAACCCAUCUUGGAUUGGUAAUAAUGGUGCCUCCUCUCCUGUGCCAGCUUGUGUUGUGCCCUGUGAAACGGUAACAUCCUGCAUGUCCCCACAUGCACAUGCACAUGCUCCAGGUGGGGUGUCUGACUUCCUGGGUGUUUCUGCCCCUGGCAGCCAUGUGGGACAGACACAUAUGGGUGGUCUCUUUGGCACCACUGGGCUCGGAGCUGCCAUCAACGCAUUUGACAUCAGUAAUGAACCAGAUCGAAAAUCAUCCAGCAUUGCAGCCUUAAGAAUGAAAGCCAAAGAGCACAGCGCUGCCAUAUCUUGGGCCACAUGACCGAUAUAACAGUACAUAUUCAAACACUGAAAAUAGUACAAUAUUACAUAAUGCUGGACUAAGGACAUAACGCAACAUGGAGAUUUAUAAGCAGCACUUUUUCUAUUAUAGGUUGGUAGGAUUAGAAAUGAGGUUUACACCAUUUUCAAAAUAUUUACAUUGUACCCCUCACUGUACAAGAGCCACAUUGAAAAAUAUUCAAAAUCCAAAGUUUCAUUUGAAGUUGAUAUCCUUAGAUUUCAGGCAAGCUUGUAAAAGUCGACAGUAAAAUGGCAACUUAAAACCAGAUACAUAGUUAGAAUCCAUCAAGCUUCGUAAGAAAUUGCAGAGUUCUGUGUAAUAUUGAUGUAUAUUUGCAGUCAUCACUGACCAUAACAUUUGAAGAUUAAAAAAAAAGCUUGUUGUAUAGAACAGCUUGUAAAUUAAUUCAAAUAACUCACCAGCCAAAUAGAUUAACAAGACACUGUUCUGAUGAAAUCAUGAGAAAAGUUAAACACACCUGGGGUCCAGUAUCUGUUAGGAUGCAAAAACCAUAAAUCUCUUAUUUUAUGGCAUAUAGUUUUGAACUAUUUCAAUUGACUGCAUUUAUUGUGAAUGCCACCAUUAGGUGACACAGUGCCUACACAUGGGAAGUUUUAGAAAGCAGAGGUUGACCCCCCUCUGAGAACCAAAACCGAAACACCCAAAGAAGAGCACCUCGCCCUAUAAUCUGUUAAAAGGAGUGUGAA